CAGUGUUCGUUGAGCAUUCGUGAGUUGUUGUGUGUCGAGCUGUCCGUGUUGUUUGUGCAGACAAAUAAGAUAUUUGUCUGAAUAAUGAAGGGAAUUCUGUGUGGUUCACAGUUUAGCCUUCGAGAUAUGCAAUAUAGUUUAUUGCAGGUAUCACAACACUUAUUAAAUCUGUCGUUGUAUCCGGUGUGUUGUCAAUAAAUUUAUGUGACAAGUACACUCGUUAUUCUUCUCGUGCGAGUUAUGUCAGAAGCAAAAUAUGAAUCCUCUUUGCUUUUUUAGAGGGCAUGCUGGGCCAUGCAUGAUGGCAUUCUUUUUCCUAUUAUUGAAGACAGCUCGAGAAAUAUAAUAGUGAUUUGUUUCAAGUUUGUUCCGUACCGUAUUCCAGAUAUUUUUACGUUCGUGGGAGUCCGGACGAUAUUUUAUAUUAAAUAAUGAGGUGCAUUUUGGUUAUUCUUGUUUCUAUUUCUGCGGUUUGGUCACUUUCACUGAAAAGGGAAAAGCUAAGUAGUGUAUCCCCACCCGAUGGUAAUUGGACUACGCAAUGGUAUGAGCAGCAGCUGGACCACUUCAGCUAUGGAGUCCAGCAGCUGACGUUCAUGCAGAAAUAUCUUGUGAACAUUGACCACUGGAACAGAACAGGAGGACCUAUCUUCUUCUAUGCCGGCAACGAAGGAAGCAUCGAACUCUUCGCCCUCAAUACGGGCUUCAUGUUCGAGAUCGCGCCGGAGUUCGGGGCGAUGGUGCUGUUCGCCGAACACCGAUACUAUGGAUCCUCGAUACCUUUCGGGAAAAAUGGAUACGUCCACAAGCAAUACUACCAGUACCAGUCUUCGAUGCAAGCUCUGGCCGACUACGUCGAGCUGCUAGCUCACGUUCGCCAGACCUACGAAGGAGCUGAGAAGAGCCCAGUGAUCGUGUUUGGUGGAUCAUAUGGAGGCAUGCUAGCGGCGUGGAUGAGGAUUAAGUAUCCGCAUGUCGUGCAAGGAGCCAUCGCUGCAUCGGCGCCAGUAGCGCAGUUCACGGGCCUGACGCCGUGCGAGAAGUUCGGUCAGGUUGUCACCCACACCUUUGCACUUCAGGGACAAGAAUGCGUGCAGACAAUACGCAAGAGCUGGGAUGCCAUCAAUAAAAUGGCCGCCACUGCUGAAGGUCGCGCGUGGCUGAGCGACGCUUGGCGGUUGUGCAAGCCUUUGAAUUCUACGGAUGACGCUAAAAACCUCAAGAGUUAUCUCUCUGAUGUGUGGACCAAUCUCGCCAUGGCAGACUACCCUUACAUGGCUAACUUCUUGGCUCCUCUGCCGGCCUAUCCCGUCAUGGCGGUAUGCCAGCCUAUGAAGUUCUUGAAGGAUGAGCCGAAGGAAAUUUUGCUGGAAAUUUUUGAAGGCCUCAGUGUUUAUUUCAACUACUCGACCACGGCUACUUGCCUGAGUUACGAGUCUUCUAUGCCCUCCUCUCUCGACGACAACGGCUGGUUCCUCCAGAGCUGCACGGAGAUGGUGAUGCCCAUGUGUUAUGACGGCAAGAAUGACUUCUUCGAGCCACAGGCCUGGAAUUUGACAGAGUUCAGUGAAACUUGUGUAAAGAAAUGGGACGUUCGUCCUGAACCUUACAAGAUGGAGCAAAUGUACGGAGGACGUAACCUCAAGUACGCCAGCAACAUCGUCUUCAGCAACGGCCUCCUAGACCCUUGGUCAUCAGGUGGCGUCCUGGAAGAUGUCAACGAGUCCGUGGUGUCGGUGAUCAUCCCUGAGGGGGCGCAUCAUCUUGACCUGCGAUCUUCAGAACGCGCAGAUCCUAAAUCCGUGAUACAAGCGCGAGAUGUCCACAAGGCCAAUAUCCUCAAGUGGAUAUCGGAAUAUAGCAACAGUGUUUAAAAUACAGCAGGAUAUGCUGCAGUGGAUAUUGUUCACUGCAAGGGAUAUUGGCAUGAUCAUUGAUAUGAUGCUCGAGAGGAAAGGUUAUACAAUGGUAUAUAACCAAUCGUGUAGUAAGAGUUUUGAAUAUGUGUUAUGGGUAGGAUACUCCUAAUCCUAACAAUUUUUUCGAUAAGAAUUCGGGUUUAAAAUUGUAUUGAUGUGGCUGGAGUACAUUUUAUGCGAAUCCUCCAUAAAUAAGAUCGAUUGUAGAGAGAAAAUCGUUAAGUGAUUAUUAUUCAGACUCUCAACUCGCUUCCAAAGUAAAGUUUAAACAACUCGCACCUCGUAAUCGAUGGUUCGAAAUGCUCUCAUAUUUUGGUUGUGCCAAAUUCUGCUCUGGACUUAAGAUUUUUUAGCAUCAUGAAUCCUUCCGAUAAAUACGCGUCAUAGACGUAUUCCGACACCUGGACGUGGAGCAAAAUAAAACAGAAGCGUAUUAUGUGUUGUAGACACUUUCAAUGAUGGGCGAUUAUCAUUUCAUUUUAAGCAAUAGUAGCAAUUUCAUCCAUUAAUUGCAACUGUUUUAACUUGAUAAGUUUUCUAGGUAGAAUUCGAUGGAUAUCUAUCUCGAGCUUUGUAGUUGUGCUGAAAAUCUGAAUACAUUUUAGUUUCAAUAUACAUUUAGCAUAGCAUACAUUUAGUUUUAGCAUAGCGUAUAUGGGAUGGUUUGAUGGGAUUUUUUAUUUAACUCUCGAGUGAUCCUACUUAACCACAGUCAUCUUUUACACGUUGUCUACCUUACAUACUCCUGAAAAAAUGUACAAUAAAAAUAAAAAGUUAUUCGAGUCAA